AACGUUGGUUUGUAGAAGAAGAUGAAGAACAGGUUGGGGAAGCAGACCAGAAGAAUCUGGAAACACUGGUGGAACAAAAAGCCUCAGACAGAACAUAUAAAAACGAAUCCGUCAAUGCUACGUUUCUACCCGACAACCCGGCUCUCAUUUAAUACGGUCACAAUAAAACAUGUCACACAAUACAACCGCAGAUGAAACGGGGGGGCUCGCUGGUGGAGACGACGGGGAGCAGCGGGGCUUUGAACCGGUACCGCAGCUCAACACAACCCCCUCCUCCAGAUUCCUGCAGGUCGAGCUGGAGCUGAACGUCCACCUGCGGCAGCUCCGCUUCACCGAGCCCGUCCGGUUCACCUACAACCCGCUGGAGUACGCCUGGGACACCCACCGCGGCUACGUGCAGAGGUACUGCCGGGCCGGACAGACGGUGCUGUUCCUGGGGAUGAAUCCAGGACCUUUCGGCAUGGCACAGACAGGGGUUCCCUUUGGGGAAGUGAAGUCCGUUGUCGAUUGGCUGAAGAUCACAGGGGAGGUCGGGCAUCCUCCUGAGGAGCAUCCAAAGCGACCGAUCACGGGACUUGCCUGCACUCGGAGUGAAGUGAGUGGCGCACGUUUUUGGGGCUUCUUCAGGAAGCUGUGUGGCGAGCCAGAGCUGUUCUUCCGGCACUGCUUUGUGCACAAUCUGUGCCCGCUCAUCUUCAUGAGUGCCAGUGGGAAGAAUUUAACCCCCCCUGAUCUGGUUGCAAGUGAACGGGAUUCCCUCCUGGCCCUCUGUGACAUUGCACUGUGCCAGGCAGUGGAGGCACUGGGCGUCUCCAUGGUGAUCGGGGUUGGAAAGGUGGCAGAGCAGCGGGCGCGGCGAGCUCUGUCAGGUGUCAAUGUGCGAGUCGAGGGCAUCAUGCAUCCAUCACCCCGUAAUCCAUUAGCCAAUAGGGGCUGGGAGGAAGUAGCAAAAGCCAAGCUGACAGAGCUUGGUGUCAUGUCGCUGCUGAACAGAAUGGGAACUAAUUGACCUUUUCUGACACUUCCUGCCUUAUCAAUAGCAGCAUGAGGUGUGCUCACUCUGACAGUGUGAGUGAGAGACUCAGUGGACAUGUGAACUGAUCACUGGUUCAAUGUACUGAUAAGAAGUACAGGCUUUUAUGGAUCAGUGCAUGCAGAGAGCCAUUCUUUGUAAAAAAGAAAUCUAUACACUAAUGUAUGUAGGUGCUUCGUAUGUAUGUUUAUAUUCAAAGUGUGAGCUCAGGGCGUCUGUGUUCUUGUUGAUUAAUUCAUUAAACUAGACUUUAGUUUAGGGAGGGGGCAUAAAGCUUUAUACUUAAAAUAAAUAAAACUUUAAAUUCACUUUCAUUAAAAAUCCUUUAUAAUAAUUUACCUAUAAAAAGGUAUUCUGUCAUACAAUUUCUGCAUACAUUAAAUAAACAAAGUCUUGUUCUAUGUUCACAAGAGGUCCUCAGGAAGACAAACAAGUACACUUUACUUUACAGACCUUAAAGAAAAUGUUGUAUAUAUUGUUUAUGCUUGACUACAGUACAAGUUCUUUUGUAUUUUUUUAAAUUUCUUUUUAAUUGUCAUUUAUUUUGAUAAUGUGUUUUAUUUCCACAUUGAUUUUAUGCACAAUUUUACAAAUUCAAUGUUUUGUAUUUCAGUGAUCACUAAUCUUGAAAUGAACACCUUCCUUUUUAAAUAAAGAUUGGAUAAUGAAAUAUGAAA